UUUUUGCUAUCGUUGAUGACUGGAAGCUCUCUAGCCAAUCGAACUGAUAAAAAUUUGAAAUUAAACGCAAGCGUAAAGCUAACGUUGAAGUUAAUGUAUUGACAUAGAAUUCGGACAUGAUCACAAUUUGGUUAUAGUGCUGAGAGAAUUCAACACAAGAACAACAUGGCUUGGCCAUUUUGUCUGUCUUUAAUUUUGUUGUUAGUUCCUCACUACUCGCAAGGUUUGAAUUUUUUAAGCAAUUCCGUCACAUUUUCAAUUGAUGAGCAAUUGCCAGUCGAUACAACAGUUGGAAUAAUACCUGUGACCACAUCCUCUUCUCCUACAUGCACAUUACUUGGUGGAAAUGGAAAUUUUAAAUUGAACGUUAACAAUACACACUUGGAUAUUUUAAUAAAUAGAGUAAUAGACUUUGAAGAUCCAAACACUUUAAAGACAUUUUCAUUGACAAUAAAAUGCAACGAUAGUGUUUCAACAGAUGCACUGCAUGUAAAUGUUGAAAUUAACAACAUAAGAGAUUUUUUCGGGUUUUUAUUUAAUCUUAAAAUUCAUCAAGUUUCAAUUCCAGAAAAGACAGCUGCUGGGUUCAGAAUAUUUAACUUUGGAAGUUUAAUAGAAGAUCUAGAGUUUCCGGAUCACCCCAUUUCUUUUAUCCUUAGUACUACUGCAACAUUACCUAGUGUUGCAUCAAAAUUUAUUGUACAAUCUGAUGGUAUUGUUACAUUGAGUGGACAGCCACUUGAUUUUGAAGCAGGAAAUAUAGUUAAUAUAACUGUUGUCGCCACAACUUUUGAUAGGACUCGAAAUGAUACAGCAAUAUUAAUUGUGAAAAUAAUUGAUGUCAAUGAUAACUCAAAUGUAUUUGCACAAAGUAAUUACUCAUUUACUGUGGCAGAAAAUGCAACAAUAGGUACUUUUAUUGGAACAGUUUUUGCAAGUGAUGCAGAUGGCACAUCUGCAAACAGCCAAACGCAUUACUACCUUUUGGCCAAUAUGUUUUCCAAUAUAUUUUCGGUCAAUGACUCUACUGGGGAAAUUACACUUAUGUCCAUGGUAGAUUAUGAGAUUCUCAGAGGAUAUGUUCUAACCAUUUGUGCAACAGAUAAUGCCACUGACACAUUACAAGUUAUGCCAACUAACGAAGAAAGGAUUGGUUGCACUCCUGUCAGUAUUGAAGUGAACAAUGUUAACGACAAUUUACCUGUGAUAGCCCCUUCUGCUAUGACACAAACAAUAUCUGAGAAGACACCAAUUGGAAUGUUAAUAUACAAGUUUUCAGCCACUGAUGCCGAUGGGGUUCAACCAACAAUUGAGUAUAAUGCUACAAAAACGUUACCUAGUGCAAUUGAGAAAUUUACUCUCAAUCCAAAUGGAGAAGUCCGAAUGUCAAACUCUACCCUGGAUUAUGAAGCCGGUGUGACUUCAUUUGUUCUCUACAUACUUCCAAAAGAUGGGGAAUCUCCAAAUGCAUACGGACCCGAAGCUGUCCUGACCAUAACAUUAAUCGAUAUAAACGACAACUCUCCAACAUUUCAACAAAAUUCUUACUUAUUUAAUAUAAUGGAGAACUCUGCUGUAGGUACAAUAGUAGGGGAUGUGUCAGCAACAGAUGCAGAUGGAUCGUCCAAUAACCACUUAACUUACUUUCCCUUAGCGAAUCAGUUGCCUGCAGAAUUGUCAUUAAAUUCAACUACUGGUGAAAUUGCUACUUCUGCUGCAAUUGACCGCGAAGCUAUUUCAUCACCUUUCAUAUUUACAAUAUGCGCAACAGAUAAUGCAAAUGACACAUCACAAGUCACUGCCAACAAUGAACAAAGAAUUGGAUGUUCCAUUAUCACUGUACAUGUUAAUGACCAAAACGAAUUUCCUCCAUUUUGUACCCCGAAUCCCUUUGAAGUUCGCAUAUCUGAGAAAGCACCGCUUAAUUUCCUUGUAUUGGAAUUAGCAACUGUGUGUGCAGAUUUUGAUGCAACUGAGAUCAAUCGGUUGAUUAGGUAUGAAAUUAACAAUACAUUGACAAGUGCAACGGAUCAAACCAAAUUCACAGUGUCAGUGGAUGGAAAAAUUCGAAUAACAGGUUCAAAACUUGAUUAUGAAGAAGGUCAAACACAGUUUUUAUUAUACAUCAUGCCUUACAAUCCUGGUCCUCCUAGAAUUUAUGGUCAGCCUUACCAAGUUAUCAUCAACCUUUUGGACGUGAAUGACAAUUCUCCAAAAUUUGUUCAAGAUGUUUACGUAUUUACUAUUGCCGAUCAAGCAGUUAGCAAUACACUAGUUGGGAGUGUGUCUGCCGCAGACAAAGAUGGUAUAACUAAUAAUGCAACAUAUUAUUUUAAUCUUGGAAACCAAUAUUCAAGUGUUUUCUUGGUGAAUCAAACCUCUGGAGAAAUUCGAACUGUUGGACUAAUUGACCAUGCAGUAAAGACGUCUUAUGCCAUAACAGUGUGUGCAACAGAUAACGCAAAUGAUACUAGGCAAGUUACUCCAACAGAUGAAAAGCGAACAGCUUGUUCUUACGUAUCAAUCACUGUUUUGCCCAGUGGCAACACACUUCCUACUUUCUCGCAAGCUAACUAUUCUGUUCAAAUAUCUGAGAAGGCUCCAACUGGCAUGGAAAUAUUUAAAUUUUCUGCUAGAGACACAGACAAUACCCCUGUGAAUUACGAAUUUAAUUCCAGCAAAACAGCAGUAGCCAACAUGAGUGCUUUUAUUUUGAACAACAUGACAGGAGCAUUAACACUUAAUGCAGCUGUGUUGGACUAUGAAAGUCAAAACCAAUAUGUUUUGUAUGUUGUCUCAAAAGAUUCUGUGACAAAUGCAUAUGGUGACGAAGCAAUGCUGAUUGUCCGUUUGGUUGAUGUGAACGAUAACAGCCCAGUAUUUACGUCUAGUAGAUACCAAUGGGACAUAAAGGAAAACAGCGCUAUAGGAAGUAGUGUUGGUGUAGUCACUGCAAGCGAUCAAGAUGGUACCUCAGAAAACAAAGCAAUUACUUAUUCUAUUCUUACGAAUCAACACAGCAGUAUGUUUUCCAUCAACACAACAUCAGGAGUAAUAUCUGUAGCUGAUGCAUUGAAUUACGAAGCCGGUACCACUUUGUUUGUUUUGACAGUAUGUGCAACGGACAAUGCUAUAGAUAUGCGACAGGUCAAUGCAAAAGCAGAAGAACGAAGAGGAUGUACAGUUGUGGAAAUAACCUUGAAAAAUUUGGAGGACGAAGCACCUGUGUUUACAGUUCCAUUUGUUUCUGUUACAAUUUCGGAGAAAGCACCUGUUAAUCUAACAGUGUACCAACUCAGUCCCACAAAUCCAGAGCAGUUAUUACUGGAGUACGAAUACAAUUCAACCAAGACAAGUGCUGUGGCCAUGAGCAAGUUCAUUUUGGAUUCAGGGUCCGGUGUUAUAAGAGUAUCAAAUGCAGUGUUGGACUAUGAAGAUGGACAAUCAAGUUUUGAUCUUUAUUUUAAUUCAAAGUAUCCAUCAUCCCCUGGUUUGGUGUCUAACGAAUUUCAAUUGAAGGUGUUUAUUAAAGAUAUAAAUGACAACUCACCAUUAUUUGGUCAAACAAGGUACAAUUUUAACAUCACAGAAAACUCUAAUUUUAAUACUAUUAUUGGCACAGUACAAGCAACAGAUUUAGAUCGCUCGUCUGUGAAUAACAAUGUCACAUAUUAUGCACUGAAUAACCAAUUCUCAAAUGUUUUUGCCAUUGAUCAGUUUACUGGAGACAUCAGAGUCAUUGGGACUAUUAAUCGGGAGAUGGUUAGUGAAUAUGUUUUAACAGUUUGUGCCUCAGACAAUGCCAAUGACACCAGACAGGCGACAGCAACAUCGGAAAGGAGAUCAAGUUGUUCUGUGAUAAAUAUUAAUGUGCUUGGGGUCAAUGACAAUUUACCUGUGAUAGUCCCUUCUGCUAUGACACAAACAAUAUCUGAGAAGACACCAAUUGGAAUGUUAAUAUACAAGUUUUCAGCCACUGAUGCCGAUGGGGUUCAACCAACAAUUGAGUAUAAUGCUACAAAAACGUUACCUAGUGCAAUUGAGAAAUUUACUCUCAAUCCAAAUGGAGAAGUCCGAAUGUCAAACUCUACCCUGGAUUAUGAAGCCGGUGUGACUUCAUUUGUUCUCUACAUACUUCCAAAAGAUGGGGAAUCUCCAAAUGCAUACGGACCCGAAGCUGUCCUGACCAUAACAUUAAUCGAUAUAAACGACAACUCUCCAACAUUUCAACAAAAUUCUUACUUAUUUAAUAUAAUGGAGAACUCUGCUGUAGGUACAAUAGUAGGGGAUGUGUCAGCAACAGAUGCAGAUGGAUCGUCCAAUAACCACUUAACUUACUUUCCCUUAGCGAAUCAGUUGCCUGCAGAAUUGUCAUUAAAUUCAACUACUGGUGAAAUUGCUACUUCUGCUGCAAUUGACCGCGAAGCUAUUUCAUCACCUUUCAUAUUUACAAUAUGCGCAACAGAUAAUGCAAAUGACACAUCACAAGUCACUGCCAACAAUGAACAAAGAAUUGGAUGUUCCAUUAUCACUGUACAUGUUAAUGACCAAAACGAAUUUCCUCCAUUUUGUACCCCGAAUCCCUUUGAAGUUCGCAUAUCUGAGAAAGCACCGCUUAAUUUCCUUGUAUUGGAAUUAGCAACUGUGUGUGCAGAUUUUGAUGCAACUGAGAUCAAUCGGUUGAUUAGGUAUGAAAUUAACAAUACAUUGACAAGUGCAACGGAUCAAACCAAAUUCACAGUGUCAGUGGAUGGAAAAAUUCGAAUAACAGGUUCAAAACUUGAUUAUGAAGAAGGUCAAACACAGUUUUUAUUAUACAUCAUGCCUUACAAUCCUGGUCCUCCUAGAAUUUAUGGUCAGCCUUACCAAGUUAUCAUCAACCUUUUGGACGUGAAUGACAAUUCUCCAAAAUUUGUUCAAGAUGUUUACGUAUUUACUAUUGCCGAUCAAGCAGUUAGCAAUACACUAGUUGGGAGUGUGUCUGCCGCAGACAAAGAUGGUAUAACUAAUAAUGCAACAUAUUAUUUUAAUCUUGGAAACCAAUAUUCAAGUGUUUUCUUGGUGAAUCAAACCUCUGGAGAAAUUCGAACUGUUGGACUAAUUGACCAUGCAGUAAAGACGUCUUAUGCCAUAACAGUGUGUGCAACAGAUAACGCAAAUGAUACUAGGCAAGUUACUCCAACAGAUGAAAAGCGAACAGCUUGUUCUUACGUAUCAAUCACUGUUUUGCCCAGUGGCAACACACUUCCUACUUUCUCGCAAGCUAACUAUUCUGUUCAAAUAUCUGAGAAGGCUCCAACUGGCAUGGAAAUAUUUAAAUUUUCUGCUAGAGACACAGACAAUACCCCUGUGAAUUACGAAUUUAAUUCCAGCAAAACAGCAGUAGCCAACAUGAGUGCUUUUAUUUUGAACAACAUGACAGGAGCAUUAACACUUAAUGCAGCUGUGUUGGACUAUGAAAGUCAAAACCAAUAUGUUUUGUAUGUUGUCUCAAAAGAUUCUGUGACAAAUGCAUAUGGUGACGAAGCAAUGCUGAUUGUCCGUUUGGUUGAUGUGAACGAUAACAGCCCAGUAUUUACGUCUAGUAGAUACCAAUGGGACAUAAAGGAAAACAGCGCUAUAGGAAGUAGUGUUGGUGUAGUCACUGCAAGCGAUCAAGAUGGUACCUCAGAAAACAAAGCAAUUACUUAUUCUAUUCUUACGAAUCAACACAGCAGUAUGUUUUCCAUCAACACAACAUCAGGAGUAAUAUCUGUAGCUGAUGCAUUGAAUUACGAAGCCGGUACCACUUUGUUUGUUUUGACAGUAUGUGCAACGGACAAUGCUAUAGAUAUGCGACAGGUCAAUGCAAAAGCAGAAGAACGAAGAGGAUGUACAGUUGUGGAAAUAACCUUGAAAAAUUUGGAGGACGAAGCACCUGUGUUUACAGUUCCAUUUGUUUCUGUUACAAUUUCGGAGAAAGCACCUGUUAAUCUAACAGUGUACCAACUCAGUCCCACAAAUCCAGAGCAGUUAUUACUGGAGUACGAAUACAAUUCAACCAAGACAAGUGCUGUGGCCAUGAGCAAGUUCAUUUUGGAUUCAGGGUCCGGUGUUAUAAGAGUAUCAAAUGCAGUGUUGGACUAUGAAGAUGGACAAUCAAGUUUUGAUCUUUAUUUUAAUUCAAAGUAUCCAUCAUCCCCUGGUUUGGUGUCUAACGAAUUUCAAUUGAAGGUGUUUAUUAAAGAUAUAAAUGACAACUCACCAUUAUUUGGUCAAACAAGGUACAAUUUUAACAUCACAGAAAACUCUAAUUUUAAUACUAUUAUUGGCACAGUACAAGCAACAGAUUUAGAUCGCUCGUCUGUGAAUAACAAUGUCACAUAUUAUGCACUGAAUAACCAAUUCUCAAAUGUUUUUGCCAUUGAUCAGUUUACUGGAGACAUCAGAGUCAUUGGGACUAUUAAUCGGGAGAUGGUUAGUGAAUAUGUUUUAACAGUUUGUGCCUCAGACAAUGCCAAUGACACCAGACAGGCGACAGCAACAUCGGAAAGGAGAUCAAGUUGUUCUGUGAUAAAUAUUAAUGUGCUUGGGGUCAAUGACAAUUUACCUGUGAUAGUCCCUUCUGCUAUGACACAAACAAUAUCUGAGAAGACACCAAUUGGAAUGUUAAUAUACAAGUUUUCAGCCACUGAUGCCGAUGGGGUUCAACCAACAAUUGAGUAUAAUGCUACAAAAACGUUACCUAGUGUUAUGGAGAAAUUUACUCUCAAUCCAAAUGGAGAAGUCCGAAUGUCAAACUCUACCCUGGAUUAUGAAGCCGGUGUGACUUCAUUUGUUCUCUACGUACUUCCAAAAGAUGGGGAAUCUCCAAAUGCAUACGGACCCGAAGCUGUCCUGACCAUAACAUUAAUCGAUAUAAACGACAACUCUCCAACAUUUCAACAAAAUUCUUACUUAUUUAGUAUAAUGGAGAACUCUGCUGUAGGUACAAUAGUAGGGGAUGUGUCAGCAACAGAUGCAGAUGGAUCGUCCAAUAACCACUUAACUUACUUUCCCUUAGCGAAUCAGUUGCCUGCACAAUUGUCAUUAAAUUCAACAACUGGUGAAAUUUCUACUUCUGCUGCAAUUGACCGCGAAGCUGUUUCAUCACCUUUCAUAUUUACAAUAUGCGCAACAGAUAAUGCAAAUGACACAUCACAAGUCACUGCCAACAAUGAACAAAGAAUUGGAUGUUCCAUUAUCACUGUACAUGUUAAUGACCAAAACGAAUUUCCUCCAUUUUGUACCCCGAAUCCCUUUGAAGUUCGCAUAUCUGAGAAAGCACCGCUUAAUUUCCUUGUAUUGGAAUUAGCAACUGUGUGUGCAGAUUUUGAUGCAACUGAGAUCAAUCGGUUGAUUAGGUAUGAAAUUAACAAUACAUUGACAAGUGCAACAGAUCAAACCAAAUUCACAGUGUCAGUGGAUGGAAAAAUUCGAAUAACAGGUUCAAAACUUGAUUAUGAAGAAGGUCAAACACAGUUUUUAUUAUACAUCAUGCCUUACAAUCCUGGUCCUCUUAGAAUUUAUGGUCAGCCUUACCAAGUUAUCAUCAACCUUUUGGACGUGAAUGACAAUUCUCCAAAAUUUGUUCAAGAUGUUUACGUAUUUACUAUUGCCGAUCAAGCAGUUAGCAAUACACUAGUUGGGAGUGUGUCUGCCACAGACAAAGAUGGUAUAACUAAUAAUGCAACAUAUUAUUUUAAUCUUGGAAACCAAUAUUCAAGUGUUUUCUUGGUGAAUCCAACCUCUGGAGAAAUUCGAACUGUUGGACUAAUUGACCAUGCAGUAAAGACGUCUUAUGCCAUAACAGUGUGUGCAACAGAUAACGCAAAUGAUACUAGGCAAGUUACUCCAACAGAUGAAAAGCGAACAGCUUGUUCUUACGUAUCAAUCACUGUUUUGCCCAGUGGCAACACACUUCCUACUUUCUCGCAAGCUAACUAUUCUGUUCAAAUAUCUGAGAAGGCUCCAACUGGCAUGGAAAUAUUUAAAUUUUCUGCUAGAGACACAGACAAUACCCCUGUGAAUUACGAAUUUAAUUCCAGCAAAACAGCAGUAGCCGACAUGAGUGCUUUUGUUUUGAACAGCAUGACAGGAGCAUUAACACUUAAUGCAGCUGUGUUGGACUAUGAAAGUCAAAACCAAUAUGUUUUGUAUGUUGUCUCAAAAGAUUCUGUGACAAAUGCAUAUGGUGACGAAGCAAUGCUGAUUGUCCGUUUGGUUGAUGUGAACGAUAACAGCCCAGUAUUUACGUCUAGUAGAUACCAAUGGGACAUAAAUGAAAACAGCGCUAUAGGAAGUAGUGUUGGUGUAGUCACUGCAAGCGAUCAAGAUGGUACCUCAGAAAACAAAGCAAUUACUUAUUCUAUUCUUACGAAUCAACACAGCAGUAUGUUUUCCAUCAACACAACAUCAGGAGUAAUAUCUGUAGCUGAUGCAUUGAAUUACGAAGCCGGUACCACUUUGUUUGUUUUGACAGUAUGUGCAACGGACAAUGCUAUAGAUAUGCGACAGGUCAAUGCAAAAGCAGAAGAACGAAGAGGAUGUACAGUUGUGGAAAUAACCUUGAAAAAUUUGGAGGACGAAGCACCUGUGUUUACAGUUCCAUUUGUUUCUGUUACAAUUUCGGAGAAAGCACCUGUUAAUCUAACAGUGUACCAACUCAGUCCCACAAAUCCAGAGCAGUUAUUACUGGAGUACGAAUACAAUUCAACCAAGACAAGUGCUGUGGCCAUGAGCAAGUUCACUUUGGAUUCAGGGUCCGGUGUUAUAAGAGUAUCAAAUGCAGUGUUGGACUAUGAAGAUGGACAAUCAAGUUUUGAUCUUUAUUUUAAUUCAAAGUAUCCAUCAUCCCCUGGUUUGGUGUCUAACGAAUUUCAAUUGAAGGUGUUUAUUAAAGAUAUAAAUGACAACUCACCAUUAUUUGGUCAAACAAGGUACAAUUUUAACAUCACAGAAAACUCUAAUUUUAAUACUAUUAUUGGCACAGUACAAGCAACAGAUUUAGAUCGCUCGUCUGUGAAUAACAAUGUCACAUAUUAUGCACUGAAUAACCAAUUCUCAAAUGUUUUUGCCAUUGAUCAGUUUACUGGAGACAUCAGAGUCAUUGGGACUAUUAAUCGGGAGAUGGUUAGUGAAUAUGUUUUAACAGUUUGUGCCUCAGACAAUGCCAAUGACACCAGACAGGCGACAGCAACAUCGGAAAGGAGAUCAAGUUGUUCUGUGAUAAAUAUUAAUGUGCUUGGGGUCAAUGACAAUUUACCUGUGAUAGUCCCUUCUGCUAUGACACAAACAAUAUCUGAGAAGACACCAAUUGGAAUGUUAAUAUACAAGUUUUCAGCCACUGAUGCCGAUGGGGUUCAACCAACAAUUGAGUAUAAUGCUACAAAAACGUUACCUAGUGUUAUGGAGAAAUUUACUCUCAAUCCAAAUGGAGAAGUCCGAAUGUCAAACUCUACCCUGGAUUAUGAAGCCGGUGUGACUUCAUUUGUUCUCUACGUACUUCCAAAAGAUGGGGAAUCUCCAAAUGCAUACGGACCCGAAGCUGUCCUGACCAUAACAUUAAUCGAUAUAAACGACAACUCUCCAACAUUUCAACAAAAUUCUUACUUAUUUAGUAUAAUGGAGAACUCUGCUGUAGGUACAAUAGUAGGGGAUGUGUCAGCAACAGAUGCAGAUGGAUCGUCCAAUAACCACUUAACUUACUUUCCCUUAGCGAAUCAGUUGCCUGCACAAUUGUCAUUAAAUUCAACAACUGGUGAAAUUGCUACUUCUGCUGCAAUUGACCGCGAAGCUGUUUCAUCACCUUUCAUAUUUACAAUAUGCGCAACAGAUAAUGCAAAUGACACAUCACAAGUCACUGCCAACAAUGAACAAAGAAUUGGAUGUUCCAUUAUCACUGUACAUGUUAAUGACCAAAACGAAUUUCCUCCAUUUUGUACCCCGAAUCCCUUUGAAGUUCGCAUAUCUGAGAAAGCACCGCUUAAUUUCCUUGUAUUGGAAUUAGCAACUGUGUGUGCAGAUUUUGAUGCAACUGAGAUCAAUCGGUUGAUUAGGUAUGAAAUUAACAAUACAUUGACAAGUGCAACAGAUCAAACCAAAUUCACAGUGUCAGUGGAUGGAAAAAUUCGAAUAACAGGUUCAAAACUUGAUUAUGAAGAAGGUCAAACACAGUUUUUAUUAUACAUCAUGCCUUACAAUCCUGGUCCUCUUAGAAUUUAUGGUCAGCCUUACCAAGUUAUCAUCAACCUUUCGGACGUGAAUGACAAUUCUCCAAAAUUUGUUCAAGAUGUUUACGUAUUUACUAUUGCCGAUCAAGCAGUUAGCAAUACACUAGUUGGGAGUGUGUCUGCCACAGACAAAGAUGGUAUAACUAAUAAUGCAACAUAUUAUUUUAAUCUUGGAAACCAAUAUUCAAGUGUUUUCUUGGUGAAUCCAACCUCUGGAGAAAUUCGAACUGUUGGACUAAUUGACCAUGCAGUAAAGACGUCUUAUGCCAUAACAGUGUGUGCAACAGAUAACGCAAAUGAUACUAGGCAAGUUACUCCAACAGAUGAAAAGCGAACAGCUUGUUCUUACGUAUCAAUCACUGUUUUGCCCAGUGGCAACACACUUCCUACUUUCUCGCAAGCUAACUAUUCUGUUCAAAUAUCUGAGAAGGCUCCAACUGGCAUGGAAAUAUUUAAAUUUUCUGCUAGAGACACAGACAAUACCCCUGUGAAUUACGAAUUUAAUUCCAGCAAAACAGCAGUAGCCGACAUGAGUGCUUUUGUUUUGAACAGCAUGACAGGAGCAUUAACACUUAAUGCAGCUGUGUUGGACUAUGAAAGUCAAAACCAAUAUGUUUUGUAUGUUGUCUCAAAAGAUUCUGUGACAAAUGCAUAUGGUGACGAAGCAAUGCUGAUUGUCCGUUUGGUUGAUGUGAACGAUAACAGCCCAGUAUUUACGUCUAGUAGAUACCAAUGGGACAUAAAUGAAAACAGCGCUAUAGGAAGUAGUGUUGGUGUAGUCACUGCAAGCGAUCAAGAUGGUACCUCAGAAAACAAAGCAAUUACUUAUUCUAUUCUUACGAAUCAACACAGCAGUAUGUUUUCCAUCAACACAACAUCAGGAGUAAUAUCUGUAGCUGAUGCAUUGAAUUACGAAGCCGGUACCACUUUGUUUGUUUUGACAGUAUGUGCAACAGACAAUGCUAUAGAUAUGCGGCAGGUCAAUGCAAAAGCAGAAAUGCGAAGAAGUUGCUCAGUCGUUGAGAUCACGUUAAAUAACCUAAUGGACGAAUCACCUUCUUUCUUACCUAAUUCAGCUGCUCGAGUCAUUUCUGAAAAGGCACCUCUAGGUUUGUUUAUCUACCAACUCAGUGCAAAUAAUCCAGAAAGGGGCUUCAUCCAAUAUGAAUACAAUCUCACCAGAACAAGUUUUGCAGACAGAAGCAGAUUUGCAUUAGAAUCAUCUUCAGGAAUUAUUACAAUUUCUUCUGCAAGCUUAGACUAUGAAACAAUACAGUCACCAAUUACUUUGUAUUUCAAUGCUAGAUUAUCUGGUCUGGUAAGCAAUGAUUUUACAUUGAGGAUCAUUGUAUCUGAUGUUAACGAUAACUCACCAAUGUUUUCCCAAACAAUGUAUCAAUUCAAUGUGACUGAAAAUGCAGUUGUUAAUACACCAGUAGGUCUUGUAGUUGCUACUGAUUCAGAUUUAACCAGUGCUAACAAUAACAUUUCAUACUAUGUUUUGAACAAUCAGUUUAGUGAUGUAUUUCGUAUAAAUGAAAUUACAGGACAAAUAACAGUUGUUGGAAUAACUGAUCGUGAAACCAUGAGUAAAUAUGUUAUGACUGUGUGUGCAACUGAUAAUGCAGCAGAUAGCAGGCAAACUCAUUCAUCAAAGGAGCAGCGCCAGAUGUGUACAUCUGUGAAUAUCCAAGUUCUAGAUGAAAAUGAUGUAACUCCUUCAUUCUCCCAAUCAACAUAUUCUAUAACACUGUCAGAGAAGACACCUGCAUUGUUACCUGUUUUUACAUUCUUUGCAAGUGAUAAGGAUGACGGAGUUAAUGGUCGUGUGCAAUAUUCGACUAUUGGUAACUUUCCAUCUUCCAGGUUUUCUUUGGACAGUAAUUCAGGGGUGCUAACAACACUGGGAAACCUUGAUUAUGAAAAUGCAACAGUAUAUGUAAUUUCAGUACGUGCAUCAGAUUCUGGUUCACCUCCAAAAUUUUCAGAUGCAACAUUAAUUGUAAAUGUCUUGGAUGUUAAUGAUAAUUCACCAAUUUUCGAGUUGGACUUGUAUAAAUUUACUGUGCUAAACACUGCAACAAACUCAACUUUCGUUGGCAAUGUCAAUGCUACAGAUGCUGAUGGUACUGCACUUAAUAGUAAUAUUAAAUAUUCACUCUUUGCUCCAGCAUGUCCAAAUCUGUUUGCUAUUGAUGCAAACACUGGUAAUAUUGUUGUUGCAAGUUCAUUAUCCGCUGCAGGCUCUAUUUGUAGAUUAACCGUCAUUGCUAAAGAUAUGAUCAACGCACCGAAUCCAGCAGAAAGGCGACAAGACACAUCUUUUGUUGAAAUAAUAAUACAAAACGCUGGAAAUUCUCCACCAAUUUUUUCUCCUGCUUUUUAUGAAGUAGUAAUUAGCGAAAAAUUUCCAACCAACCAGGUUAUAUUUAUAUUUGAGGCAAUUGAUCCUGAUGAUCCAGCCGCUCCUUUAUCAUAUGGUUUUAGUCGAAACACAACAGUUAAUCCUGAUCGAAUGAAUUUUGACAUAAGUAUUGAUGGUAAAGUUACAUUAAAGUCACCAUAUAUAAUUGAUAGUGAAAAUAGAAGUGUACAUAUGCUUUACGUAAAAGCAAGUGACCAAAGUGGACUGACUGGAAAUGAAGCCACAUUAAAGAUUACUGUACUUGAUGUUAAUGAUAAUUCACCAAAGUUCAGCCAAAAUGUUUACGAUUUUUCCAUCCUUGAAAAUUCUGCUAGUGGAACUCCAGUUGGAACAGUUACAAGCAAUGAUGGGGAUAGUACAUCUGUUAACAAUCAAAUAAGGUACUAUAUCCUUGGAAAUAUCAAUGGAAACAUAUUUGCUAUUGAUGCUAUAUCAGGGUUAAUAACAGUUACAGGAAGCGUCGACAGGGAGGUCCAAGGUAGCUAUAUGCUUAACAUUAUUGCAACAGAUAAUGCUACUGACAUUGCUGAAUUUGUUCCAUCAAAUGAACAAAGAAUUGGAGCAGCUAUUGUACGUAUCACUGUCAAUGACAUGAAUGACGAAACACCCACAUUUUCAUCACUUUCAUACUCAAUCACUGUGUCGGAAAAGGUACCAAUCGGUAGAUCAAUAUUUCAAUUCUCUGCAACUGACCUCGACUCAAUGCAAAAUGGUGUAGUUGAAUAUAUUGUAAAUGCAACAAGUGAUGCUUUGUUUUCCGUGGACAGGAAAACGGGUAUUGUUACAACUCUAGGACCUCUUAAUUAUGAAGUUAACACACAACAUACUGUCAUUUUAACAGCAAGAGAUAAGGGUCUUGUGGCAAGACAAUCUCCAACUGUAACUCUAACCAUUAAUGUGGAGGAUGUAAACGAUCUAUCGCCAGUAUUUCAACAAAGUAUUUAUGAAUUUAACAUUGAGGAAAAUUCAAGAAGAGAAUUGAUCAUUACAAGACUCACUGCUACAGACUCAGAUGGCACGACACAGAACAACAAUUUGGUGUAUUCCUUUGUCAGUCCUGGUUAUUCCGAGGACCUCAUUUUUAUGGUGAAUAACAUCAUAUUUACGGCAAUUUCUCCUGACCGUGAAAAAAUCUCAAGGUAUGAAUAUUUACUAGUAGCGACUGAUACUGCAACGGAUGCAACAGAGAGAAGACAAGGAUCUGCAUUGUUAGUUAUAAAUAUUCUGGAUGUAAAUGACAACCCACCAGUAUUUAUUACUAAUAGCUACUCAGCAACAAUAUCUGAAACAACAGAAGCAGGCAGUGCUAUUUAUAGAUUCCUUGCAACAGAUGCUGACAAGUCAUCUGUAGUAACAUAUUUACCAACAGUGCCUUCAGACCCAGACUGGUCAAAAUUUCAUUUGAAUCAAACUACUGGUAUGGUUACAGCAAUUGGACCUUUUAACUCUGCACAACAGAAUCAGUAUAUAUUGGGGAUAACAGCAGUGGAUAACGGAACUACUCCUCUUUCUGCGAAUGCAACGCUUGUAAUGAACAUUCAAAGUAGUGGUAAUGGUACUAAGAGACUUCGCUUUGUACAGGCAGCUUACACAACUUCCAUAAUGGAAAAUUUUGGUACUUUUUUGUCAAUAUUAAGAGUAAAUGUUAACAACAAUGAAGCUUCAUCUAGUAUUAGAUACUCUAUAUUAACAAAUACUCAAGCAACCACUCCAGGCUUAAUUGCAGAUGCCAUCAACAACGAAGAAAAAGUGCAAGUGGAUCCUAUCACUGGCAUCAUAUCAUUGAAGAUCCCAGCAGAUUUUGAAACAGAAAGGUACUACGCUUUUACAGUGCUUGCAAAUGAUACAUCAGGUGUUUAUGCACCAGCAACUGUAGAAGUUAUCAUAGACAUACAAGACACGAAUGAUGUCACACCUGUAUUGUCUGUUGGAAGUGUUCAACCUGUAAAUGAGAAUUCCGAGGUUGGUCAAAUAGUGGCUGUCCUAAGCACACUGGAUCCUGAUGUGUCAUCAAUAUUACCUGGGGGAUUAACAUAUGAAAUAACAAGCCAAGGUGUUCCUUUUCAGCUCCUAAAAGUUGGAGAGAAAACAGCCUAUUUAGUUACAUCUGCAAAUAUUGAUAGAGAAUUAGCUCCGUCAUAUCAGGUCAAUAUAAGAGUAAGGGAUUUGGCUAACAACGCCGAUUCAGUCCAACUUAAUAUUGUAGUAACAGACUCCAACGACAAUAAUCCAAUUUUCACAACUGAUUCUUAUCUGUUCAAUAUAACUGAGACAAAUGCUCUCAGUACACCAAUUGGAAUUGUUAAAGCAAACGACCAAGACGCAACACCUAUUAAUAAUGGCAUACAAUAUUCAAUUUCUCGAGAUGUAUUGAACAUCAACAGUAACGUUGUUAUUAAUGCUAUCUCCGGAGCUAUAACAAUAAAUGGACCAAUUGAUUAUGAAACUAAAAAGAGAUAUGAAUUCAUUGUUAUAGCCACAGAUACAGCCGUUCCUGACUCAACAAAACGGAGAACAGCUGUCCCAGUUGUUAUAAAUGUUGCAGAUGUAAAUGAUAACCCACCUACGUUUCUUAGUGCAACGGCAUCAGUAUCAGUGAUGGAAGAUGUAUCAACUGGAGUUAGCGUUUUCACAGCUUCAGCAAGUGACAUUGAUAGUGGAAUGAACAGUAACAUAGUUUAUUCAUCUACUAUGACAUCGCCAUUUGCCAUUAACUCAGCUGGUGUUGUCACUGUAACAUCUCCAUUGGAUUUUGACAUUUUGCCAGCGUCAUACACCAUGAUAAUCACAGCAACUGAUCAGGGUGUUUCACCAUUAUCUGCAACGUUGACAUUGACUAUAAAUUUAUUAAAUGUAAACGAUAAUCGACCAAGAUUUUUGAAUACUCCAUAUACUGCAUCAGUGUCAGAAAAUUCACCAUUGAAUCAAUUAGUAUUAACCGCUGUUGCAACUGAUAAUGACAGAGACACAUUCAAUACCAUCACAUAUGAAAUUAUCAAUCCAUUUCAAAACAUAAUGGCUUCAGAAGUAUUCCCAUUUUUCAUCAAUUCAGCAAAUGGUGAAGUCAGAUAUAAUUUUAACUUAGAUCGCGAACGAAGAGAGUUGUAUCAAUUUAUAAUUCGUGCUACUGAUAAUGGUGUACCUAGUUUGUCAGCAGUCACAUUUGUUAAUGUCACUAUCAACGAUGUAAAUGAUAACAGUCCUAUAUUUGAACAAGCCAGCUAUAACAUAACUAUCUCUGAAAAUACAUUGGUUGAUCAAACUGUAAUCAGAGUUGCUGCAACCGAUAUGGAUGCUGGUUUAAAUGGAAAGAUAACCUACAACAUGGAUGACUCUACAGGUGACUUUAAAAUAAACCCAGAUACAGGCGAUAUAACGGUACUCAGGACACUCAAUUUUCAGAACCGCAACACGUACAGGUUAGAUGUGUUUGCAAGGGAUAAUGGGUCUCCCAAUCGAAGAAUUACUUUUACUACCGUUACAAUUAACUUAGUCGACGGAGGAGGCACCAUUAGCAAUCACCCCACUUCUAUUUAUGAAUUUUCUAUUCAAGAAAGUGUUGCUAUGGGUAAUAGUCAAUUAAAUCUACCCACUAUUCCAUCAUCGAAUCUUGCAGGGAUAUCACCAGUAUUAUUCCAAAUUGAAUUUGUCAACCCCACUGAUAACCAAAAUUUCCAAAUAAAUGCUGCUACUGGCGACGUGACCUUACUAAGGGCUUUGAAUUAUGAAGGAGACAAACAGCAUGUAUUUGUUCGUAAAGUUGUAUCUGGUAGUACUGUUUAUGGAGAGCAAACUGUCAUAGUUAAUGUGUUAGACUCUAAUGACAACAACCCAGCAUUUACAUCUGCGAUAAGUCAAUCAAUGAACGUCAGUGAGGCUACACAAGUUGGACAAAUUAUAGCUGUUGUUAGUGCGUCUGACAUUGAUGUUAUCAAUCAAGGCAAUUUAGUCUUCUCGUUAGUUCCACCUAACAGCAAAUUUAACAUCCUGUCUGCAAAUAAUGUGGGUGUAAUUUACCUGCUGUCAGAACUCGAUGCAGAAACAGAAAGUAUCUACAAUCUUGUUGUAUCGGUUAAUGAUGGUGGUGGUCGAUCAAGUGCACAAAACAGCCAAAUUACUGUGUACGUGGAAGAUGAAAACGAUAAUUCACCUAAUUUCCAAAGUGCAGAGUAUACUUUCCGCAAGAAUGAGGGUCCAUUUACAAAUUCUUUUGUAGGUCAAGUAACAGCAACAGACAAUGAUGCAACAGGUUUGCGGAAUGCCAUUACAUACAGAAUCGUUGACACGGAUGUACAGUCUGUGUUCUCUAUUAAUAAUCUUGGAAUGAUUAGUUUGAGAAAUGAGCUUGAUCGAGAAGCUAUUGCUUCUUACAGCUUUACCGUGGAAGCUUCAAAUACAGAUGGUGACAAAAGAACUGGCGUAUGUUUAGUAACAGUUGUUGUUGAUGACAUUAAUGACAACCCACCUGUAUGCAAUGCACCCCUGGAAUAUUCAUUCUACGAAAAUCAACCAGUUGGAUCUACAUUGUUUUCCCUGCGUGCUACGGACCAGGAUACUGGCGAUAAUGGAAGAAUUAUCUAUGGUUUAGAAGCAGUUACACCAUCUAUUGGCGGAAGUUUUGGAAUUAAUAUUGGCAGCACAACAGGAACAGUCACUUUGUUAAAUUCUUUUGACUACGAAACUGCAAGACAGCACACUGUUCGGUUUUUGUUGAGAGAUUCUGGAAGUACUAAUCGUCAAAUUCUUAUCAAGACAAUUACAAUAAACGUGUUGGAUAUUAAUGACAAUAAUCCUCGUUUUACUAUUAGGCCGGCAACAAGAUACGCUGGUUCUGUCAUUGAGAAUGCUAAUAUUGGAACAAAUGUGUUGACAGUAUCUGCAACGGAUGCAGAUGCUGGUACAAAUGCCCAAAUAACUUACAGUAUCAGUUCAUCUUUUGGGAAUCUUCCUUUUGUUGUAAAUGGUAGUACUGGUGAGAUAAAGACAUCUCGUAUAAUUGAUUAUGAAACAACAAAAAGCUAUCAAUUUUACAUUAGUGGAAUGGAUGGAGGAUUACCACCACGUUCAGAUAACAUUCUUGUAGAUAUCACCGUUCAAGACAUAAAUGAUAAUUCACCUGUGUUUGCCACUCUUAUAUACAAUGUAACGUUGAUAGAAGGUAUGCCACAAAGUCAGUCUGUACUCAGAGUGAAUGCAAUGGACAGGGAUGAUGGUAUGUUUGGCCUGGUAAAAUAUAAUAUUGUAAGUGGUAAUAGUCGAGGGUUAUUUAUCCUAAAUCGUGACAGUGGUGACUUGUCUCUGGCUAGAGCUCUCACUCUUCAACAAGAUCCUUUCACUACAUACACAUUACAGAUAUCAGCCACAGACUCAGAUCCCAAUGCCCAGAGGCAAUCACAAGAAAAUGUUAUUGUUAAUGUCAGGGUUAUAGCUGGACCAAGUAACAACAACCAGCCUAUGUUCGUGCCAUCAUACCAGCAAAUUACAGUAGCGGAAAAUCGAAUCGUAAACAAUAUUGCAACAGCAUUUGCUACUGGACAGAGUGUUGUGUAUAGUAUCAUUUAUAACGAUGCAAGCCGCCCUUUCGCAAGAAAGUUUACUAUUACUACAACUGGUAGCAUUUCGCUGAUUGAAGCCUUGAAUUUUGAAGAAGUACAGCACUUGUCAUUCUCCGUAAGAGCCUUAAACACAAUAUCAGGACUAAAUGGGACACAAAAUGUGUUUGUUACUGUUCAAGACGUGGAUGAUAAUAAACCAGUCAUAACACCUCCAAGACAAAAAUCUGUUUCAAUCAGUGAAUUAGCCAAUAUAGGACAAAUUGUUACUACAUUUAGUGCAACUGAUGUUGAUGAAGUCAGUAAGGACAAAUUAACCUUCUCCUUGCUCAAUACCUUUGCUAACACUUUUUCAAUAAUAAGCAACAAUGAUGUUGGUGUUAUCACAGUAAACAGAGAUUUAACUGCUGCGCAAAACAACUAUAAUCUACAAGUGAGAGUCAAUGAUCCAGCUAACAAUUUUGCAGAUUUAAAUGCAAAUGUAGUGGUCACUGUUCAAAGACAGAUAGCUCCUGUGUUUAAAGCAGAUUUUUACACAUUCAGUGUUUUGGAAGCCACUCCAAAUGCACCAGUUGGUCAAGUUGAUGCAACAACUGCUGGAAUAACAGAUUUAGUUUAUUCUAUAACUGCUGCCACCCCUGCUGUUUCAUCAAUCUUUUCUAUCAACUCUCAGUCUGGACAAAUUGUUGCAACGCAAGCUUUAGAUCGAGAAACCAAUCCGUCUUACACAUUUAACGUCAUGGCCAAAUCUGCAAGCUCAACAUCUUCAGCAAUAAGCACUGUAAUUGUUACUGUUACGGACCGGAAUGAUAACACACCAAUCUUUGAGAGUCCAAGUGCCUAUACUGUUUCCGAAGCAUUCCCAAUGAAUACUAUCUUAUUCCAAGUGAAAGCCACUGAUAUGGACUUAAGUAACAAUGGCAACAUUGUAUACUCUUUAGUUGACACAUCACCCAACCUAAACUUGCGAAUCAAUGGCAACACUGGAGAAGUGACCUACAUAAGUGGAUUUAAUUUCGAAGUUAGUACAUCCCAUACUGUUCGAGUAAGAGCGCAAGACCAAGGCACGACUGCUUCCUCUGCGAUUCAAUCAAUAACAGUCACAGUGACGAAUGUAAAUGAGUUCAAUCCGGUUAUAGCCAACAAGCCACUAAUUCAACAAAGAAUACCAGAGAGUACAGGAGGAAAUUUUAAUUUGCUUACCAUAUCUGCCACUGAUGCAGAUGCAGGAGCCUUUGGACAAGUGACCUACAGCAUCGCCCCAGCGUUUGUAAACUAUCCAUUUAGAAUUGAUUCAACAAGUGGCGUACUUUCGACAGCAGUUGGAGCAAGCUUUGAUUACGAGAUUAAAAAACAAUAUGAAUUUGUUGUAUUAGCAUCAGAUGGUGGAAACCCGCCAAGAAGUGAUGUGAUCACAAUUAAUGUAAAUAUUGAUGAUGUUAACGACAACGCUCCAGUAUUCAAUCCACAGAUUUAUCGAAUUACUAUUCCUAGUUCAACACCAACUUCCCAAAACAUUAUCCAAGUGUUUGCUACUGAUGCGGACAGCGCUGCAAUAAAUAACGGUCUGACAUAUGCAAUAGUUAGUGGCAACACUCCAUCAAGAUUUGCAGUAAAUUCAACACAUGGUUUCAUUUUCUUACAAAGCUCUCUCAACUACAACGACCCUAACCAGAGAAGUUUUCAACUUCAACUUUCCGCUUCAGAUAAUCCACUUCAAGGCGGAAGGUUGACAUCAUCUAAUAAUGCAAUCUUGUUUAUCACUGUAACACAAACAAGCGUAAACACAAACCAACCACCAGUAUUCAGUCAAGAUUAUGUUGUUCUUGUCAGACCUGAAAGUACACCUGUUAAUCAGGAAAUAUUCAGAUCAUCUGCGACUGAUUCUAGUGGAAAUGGUUUAACAUACAGCAUUGUUUCCACAACUACCAAAACAGACGAAAAUAUAUUUACUAUCAAUCCAUCGACUGGUUCUAUUUCCCUGACAACAAGUUUGAACUACGAAACUAAACGCGUGCAUAGUUUCCUUGUGCGUGCUACUGAUAACAAUAAUGGCAACUUGUUUGCAACUCAAAAUGUUGAAGUGCGAGUAACAGAUGUUAAUGACAAUUUACCUGUCUUUGUACCACCACCAUCAAAAACUGUCAACAUUAGUGAACAGACAGAUGUAGGACAAGAAAUUGCCUUUGUUGCAGCUACAGAUGCAGAUCAAAUAAAUCAGAAUGACCUCGUUUUUAGUAUUGUGACACCUAACCUUCCUUUUACAAUUGUGCAACAAGGUAGUUUUGCUGUCCUAUACCUCUCUAAUACAUUGAACGCAGAAAGUGUAAGAUCCUACCAAGUUGAAUUAUCUGUUGCUGAUAAGAAUAUCAAUGGUCAAAUUCAAAAUCGAGCGGUUCAGGAUUAUGUGUUAACAGUUAAUAUAUUGGAUGAAAAUGAUAACACGCCUGUAUUUUCACAAGCGAUAUACACAUUCUCUGUUGAUGAGAACAAUGCAACUCCAUUCCAACUUGGAACAGUCAUGGCAUCUGAUGAUGAUUUUACAUCGUUGCGCAAAAAUUUCCAAUACUCCAUAUAUGAAACUGACAUGAGAAAUACCUUUUCUGUCAAUUCUAAUACUGGCGUUGUCAAUGUCCGAACCUCACUAGAUUACGAAGCACGAAAGUCCUAUCAAUUUACCGUAGUCGCAACAAACACUGAUAUAGAUGCACGCUCUGGUUAUGCAGUUGUUCGAGUGACAGUCAAUGAUAAAAAUGACAAUCCCCCGCAAUUCCGUGGACCCUUUAAUUUUGCGGUUACUGAAAACACUCCACCGGAAACUCUUUUAUUUAGAGUUCUUGCUAACGAUACUGACAGUGGUAUAAAUGGAGAAGUUGAAUACAUAUUUGAGACUGUGAGACCCUUCGUUGGUAUGCGCAUUGACAGAGCAACGGGUUUCCUUUACCUCACAGGCACACUUGACUAUGAAACAGCUCAAAGACACGAAUUCACUAUUUUAGUUAAAGAUAAUGGAAGUCCCCCAAAUAUUGUGUCACAAAUAUAUACUCUGAAUGUUAUCAAUGCUAAUGAUAACAAUCCUAUAUUUGACGCUACAGCAACGUUGGCGAUUGACGUGAAUGAGAAUUCACCUGCAAGAGUUAUUGGAACCUCACGAGCAACUGAUGCAGAUGCUGGUACCUUUGGAGAAGUAACUUAUAGACUUGAAAGUGCUACAAGCUCCAUACCUUUUAGAGUGGACACUUCGGGGCGAAUAUCAAUGGCUACCAGUCUUGAUUAUGAAGCUAAAAAACAAUACGAAUUUUUCGUAGUUGCAUCAGACAAAGGCAAUCCUUCCAGAAUCGCAGUUAGACCUGUCACCGUUACUGUAAAUGAUCUGAAUGACAAUAGUCCUGUAUUCCAAUCCAAUCAAUAUACUCAAACGCUAUCUCAGGCUGCUCCUGUUGGCAUGUCAGUUAUUCAAGUUAUUGCAACGGACGCAGACAGUGGAACAUUUGGUGAGGUUACGUAUGCCAUUGCCAGUGGAAAUACAAAUAAUGUGUUUGAUAUUGGUGAAAGAACAGGUGUCAUCACUCUGAGUAAAGUACUGCCCAGUGCAGGAUCGUAUUCACUUGUGGUAUCAUCUCGUGACAGAGGAACGCCAACAUCUAAUCAGGGUCAAACAACGAACGUGCAGAUCAACGUUGUUGAAGUCAAUGGUAAUCAACCUGUUUUUACAGCUGCUUAUCAAGUUAUUAACAUAUUCGAAAAUCUGCCUGUUAAUAGCAAAAUAGGAGAUGCUGUAGCAACAGAUAGUGACAGUACGUUUAACCAACUUACAUACAGUAUUGUUUCCUCAAGUGACAGUGCUUCGUUUAACGUCGAUGCAACAGGAUCGCUUACGGUGGCUGCAGUUUUAGAUCGUGAAACUCAAUCCUCUUACACAUUUGUGGUUGCUGCUCGAGACAAUGGAGCUAAUUCGCUAACUGGAUACCAAACUGUGAAAGUUAACCUUCGAGAUCAGAAUGAUAAUCCUCCAGCAUUUGUAGCACCGUUAACACAAACAGUCACAAUCAGUGAGAAUACGUUGACUUCACAUCCAAUUGCCCUUGUCCAAGUGUCUGAUGCUGAUACUAGCAGUGCAGGUAAACUACAGCUGUCUUUAUCAGGAGCCAACAGCAAUCUUUUUAAUGUGAGGAUAGAUGGUACUGUUGGUAUUUUAACAUUGAAGAACAAGAUCGAUGUUACAAGACCAGAACAAUAUGUCGUUCAAGUCGCUUUAACUGAUUCGGAACUUUCAGCUUCCCAAAAUGCAAUUAUCACAGUUAACGUAACGCCUGAAUCAACCAUGGGAAGUGGGUUGGGAGUUAUCUUUUCUGCCUUCCCAUAUGUAUUUACAACAACCGAGAACAGGGCGGUAAAUGAUGUAAUCGGAAGUGUUUCUGCUACUGUGAACCUCACAACUAACGCACAGCCGGUUUUCCGUGUUUUUGAGAAUAAUAUUCCAUUCUCAGUUGGGCGGACAUCUGGAAUACUAACAGUUAGUGGUAAUUUGGACUUUGAACAAAAGUCAACUUAUUUUUUCCAUGUUAUUGCUGAAGCUACUUUAAAUGGUGUUACAUAUACCGACUACGCAUCUGUUCAAAUCACUGUAACCGAUUUAAAUGACAACAGUCCUGUGUUUUCUGGUCUGUUAACUGCUUCUGUUCCAGAAAACGUGUUAAGUGGAACAAAUGUAUUGCAAGUUACAGCAAGCGACACAGACAGUGGUGAAAAUGGAAGAGUCCGAUAUCAAAUAUUACAAAACACUUCACCAUUUGAAAUAAACGCCUUGACUGGUAUGAUUAGCACUAAAGCUACACUAGAUUAUGAAACCACAAAUUCAUACACGCUAACAAUCAGAGCUUUUGACAAUGGACGAUCUGUUAGAGAUGCACAAGCUUCUGUGGUGAUCACAGUUACAGAUUCUAAUGAUAACAAACCAGUCUUCCAACGAAAUAUAUAUCAAAGAUCCAUUACCGAGGAGCAAUCUAAUCAACUGGUGGUAUGCGCAGUUGCUACUGAUGCAGAUUCGACAACCAACAGCGAGUUAUCUUACUCUCUUCAUUCAGCUGAUACACCAACCCUCAACAUGUUUACAGUCAACGCAACAGGCUGUGUGAUGGCAAGUGGUGUUCCCAACAGAGAAGUAAAGUCAUCUUAUACAAUCACCUUAAAAGCUACAGACGCUGGCAAUCCUACUUUAAGCGGUGAAACUGAACUAUUAAUUACCGUCACAGAUAUCAAUGACAAUGCUCCAGUAUUUGCUAGUUCCGUAUAUAAUUUACAAUUGGCUGAUGACACCGCAGUUGGUACAACGAUUUUGAACCUUCAGGCGUCUGAUAUGGAUAUUGGUGUUAAUGGGCAAAUAGCGUACAGUAUCACAGGUGGAAAUGUUGGUUCUGCUUUCCGAAUAAUGGGUGGUAAUAUUAUCACUAAUGCAUUGCUAAAUCUAAACAGCGUCUCUACUUUCCAACUUGCCGUCACUGCCAGAGAUGGCGGGUCACCACAACGUUCUUCAACAACCAAUGUUAAUGUAAUGAUCAUUUCAAAAACAUCAAAUUCGAGACCAGUCUUCUCCCAAACAGUUUACAACAUAACCGUUCCCGAAUCACAAGCAACUGGCGUGAGCCUAAUGAGAACAAGAGCCACUUUUAGUGGUUCAGCUACGGCCACCGGUAUAUUGUAUGAUAUUAUUGCUACAUCUGUGAAUGCAGCUGGUAAAUUUGCUAUUAACUCACAAGGCGAUGUUUCAUUGCAACAGAAUGUCGAUUAUGAAGCGUCCAAAUCAGUGAGUUUUAAUGUCAAGGCAACUUCGGCAGAUGACGCCAACGCUUUUUCGACUGCUGUUGUCAAUGUAUUUAUUACUGAUGUUAAUGACAACGCUCCUCGAUUUGUGAGGACAGCAUUUGACACAUCGCUUGCACGAGAUUCAAAACCAGGAACCAACAUCGUCAAUGUUUUGGCAACUGAUACAGAUAGUGGAAUCAACAAAGAAAUCAGAUACAGAUUUGAACCAAAUGCUCCAUAUAACCAGACUUUUUCUGUUGACCCAAUCUCUGGAGCGGUAACAUUACUAAGAGUACUCACGUUUAGUGAUAUCAGAAAUUAUGAACUAAAAAUUCUUGCUUACGAUCUUGGAACUCCAUCACUAUCAUCAGCUAGUAACGCCGUUGUAACCGUGAGAAUAUACCCAGACAAUAUGUUCAAACCAGUAUUUUCAAAUACACCUUUCGAAUUUACAUUACGGGAAGAUUCAAGAAUAGAAACUGUGUUGGUAAGAGUAACUGCAUUAGAUGGAGACCGCAAUCUACCACAAAGCGCAAUCGCCGAACGACCAGCCGCUGUUAAUUUCGGUAGAGUUACCUAUUCAAUGCUAGCAUCGAGUGAUGUACCUUUCUUCAUGGUUAACAAUGUCAUACUACAGGGAAGUAGGUUGGAUAGAGAAACAGCUUCAUCGUACGAGUUCUAUGUGCAAGCAUCAGAUGGUGGCUCCCCUAGUCGAACUACAGUUGAACGUAUUAAAGUGACAAUCACAGAUGUAAAUGAACCACCAGUAUUCACACCAGAUACAUAUAACAUAUCAGUGAGUGAGGCAAAUCCAAUUGGAAUGUCAGUUGCAACUGUAACAGCGGUAGAUAAGGAUUUAGCUGUAUCUGGAAACGUCCGUUAUAGUUUGAUGUCUGGCAACAAUGAAAAUAAGUUCAGACUUGAUCCGAUUACUGGAACAAUUACUUUGCGAGAUUUUCUAAGAUUUGAGACUACGAACGUUUACGUUCUUAUAGUUUCUGCCACAGAUCUUGGUACUCCACCGCUCACAAGUGCGAAAAAUGCAGUAGUAAAUAUCAAUGUUAUCAAGGCUAUCAGUACUGGUUCCAAUCUGCCCGUGUUCGGACUAUCUCUGUAUAGCUAUACUCUUGAUGAAAAUGUCGCGAGACAACUUGGAAGAGUUUCAGCCACAAACAGCCAAAACACACAGAUAUCGUACAGAAUAAUCAGCUCAAAUGUUUCGAGUUUGUUCAGCAUUACAUCGCAAGGCGAUCUGUCGUUCAGUGGUGGUGAUUAUGAAACGAAGAAGCAAUACCACAUUCAAGUUGAAGCAUUUAAUGUAAAUGCUGGUGAUGAAACGGCAAGAACGGUCGUCACUGUUAAUGUCAGAGAUGUUAAUGAUAACAAGCCGUAUAUCACUACUUUACAGGUUACCUCUUCUAUCAGCGAGGCAGCAGAAAUAGGAGAAGUGGUAGCAGUUAUACAAGGUGGAGAUAUGGAUAGCCAUUCAAAUGGAAAGCUGUCGUUUGCUCUGCUUCAAUCUUCCGGCCCUUUUGAGAUACGCACUGUUAACAACACUGGUGUGAUUACGCUGACGCGUGAUCUUGAUUAUGAAGCAGCAAGCCAGUACAUCUUAAGAGUACGUGUAUCUGAUGGAGGAACACCAACUCUGGUAGCAGAUCAAAACGCAGUCAUUACUGUUAACGUUAUUGACGAGAACGAUAACAACCCUGUGCCAGCAGCGAAUAUAAGAAGCGAGAUACCUGUCAAUGAAAACACACCUGUCAACACGCUCAUUGACACCAUUGUAUUUACUGAUCGAGAUGCUGGCGCGAAUGCUGAUGUGGAGUAUUUCUUGAAUGUAAUUCCAGGAACAACAGUACCGUUCUCAUUAGGACAAACAAAUGGGCAGUUGAGAUUGACAAGCCCGUUGAAUGCAUCUGUCACCACUCGAUACAAUCUGUUUAUUUCUGCAAGAGAUAAGGGUACUCCACCAAGACAGACACCGCAUACACUAAGCAUUACUGUCGUACCACAAAAUAAUCAUCGACCUUUCUUUAGCCCACAGCAAUACACUGUUCGUGUUAAUGAAGGUGUUUUGGUGAAUACAGCAAUCGCCCAACUGAACGUCAUCGAUCCUGACCUGGUUGGAAAUCAGUAUAUUUACACCAUCGAAAGUGGAAAUACUGGAAAUACAUUUUCUGUUACUAACGGCCAACUUCUUGUAAGUCAACCAUUGGAUAGAGAAACGUUGCAAGCAUAUUCUCUUCAAAUCUCUGUGACAGACAGUGGCACACCACCAUUAAAGUCGCAACAAAAUGCAAUAGUAAGUGUCACAGUCACUGAUAUGAAUGACAAUAACCCAGUGUUCAGUCAAACAAGUUAUACUGCGACAAUAUCAGAGAGUGCUGCUACUGGAACACCUGUAACAAUCAACGGUGUACCAAUUGGAGCUACUGACGCAGAUGAAGGACUCAAUCAACGCAUUAGCUUCGCACUUAUCGACAGUACAAACACAUUUAGUAUCAACCCAACAUCAGGCGUUGUUACAUCGACUAAAACGCUCGAUUGGUUUGCUUUAAAACAAUACACAUUAAUAGUCAUUGCUUCAGAUACUGGUUCACCUGCAAGGAAAACAACGACAACAUUGACUGUGAAUGUCUCCGACGUAAACGAAGCUCCUGUGUUCAGUCCAACCCAGUAUACAAUAGAUGUUAAUGAAGCAAUCCAAAAGGACGCCUCAUUGAUGCGUAUUACUGUGCAAGAUAAUGACGAAGGAACGAAUAGUGCAGUCACUCUUACAAUUACGUCAGGAAAUGCAGACAACAAGUUUUACUUGGACAAUAAUAUCUUGAAAACAAAUGGGGGACUUGAUUUUGAAGUAACAAAAACAUACCAACUUCAAGUAUCUGCUACAGAUUCUGGUACGCCACCACUCACUACCUCAACACCAGCUGUUGUUAAUAUAAGCAUCAUCAACGCAAAUGACAAUCAACCACAGUUCGGAUUGAAUCCUUAUUUGGUCAAUGUUUUAGAGGGAUCAAGAGGCACACCUAUCUUGCAAGUUCGGGCAAGCGAUAGAGAUUCUAGUGGUGUAACCUAUUCACUUGAUUCCAGUAAUGAUACACAAUAUUUUACUAUUGCGUCGCCACAAGGCUUGAUAUUCACAACGAAAACGUUUGAUUUUGAAGUGCAGCGACGGUAUGUUUUUAAUGUAAAGGCAACAGACAACAGCAAUCCAAGCUUAUACUCAAGAGCCCUUGUCAUUGUAACUGCAAGAGAUGCGAAUGAUAACAAUCCUGUAUUUAACCAACUGUCGUAUGAAUUUACAGUAAAGGACACUAUUCCAAUUGGUACAAUCGUUGGUCAAGUAUCUGCAACAGAUUUGGACAGUACGACAAAUGGUCAAAUAGAUUAUUCAAUGGAACUUGGAAGCGCUGUCCCAUUCAGGAUAUCUGGUAACCUUAUUGUUCUCACUGGUACACUUGAUUAUACAUUUGUGUCUUCGUAUAACUUCAGGGUUAUUGCUACAGAUCGUGCACCAAGUUUUUCACGACGAUCUUCUGUCGUACCAGCGAAUAUAACUAUCACUUUACAGCCAAGUAAUGGUACCGCACCGUUAUUCCAAAGGGAGCUCUACAAUGUUACUGUCGAAGAUAAUUUACCAUCUGGAUCAAAUAUCGUACGUGUGCAAGCGUUCGAUCGAGAUAGUGGACGUCAUGGAAACUUUAGGUAUUCACUUCAACCGUCGGUUGACUCCAGUCUCUUUGAAAUAGAUGCAUCAAGUGGACAAAUCGGAUUAAAAUCAACCAGCAGAUUAUCCUACCAAAAGAAGAAAACUCACAUCUUGUUUGCAAUAGCUACUGAUGAUAUCGGUUUGUCGGACACUUCGUAUGUUGUGAUUCACGUCAGAGGUGUAACAAGACCUGAAUUUGUGCAAACAAAUUUCGUAGCAACAAUCAGAGAUACAACUGCAGUCGGUACAACUCUUCUUACAGUCUACGCAAACCCAUUAGACAAUCCACCAGUUAGCUAUUCUAUUCUAUCUGGAAAUGAACUUGGUAAAUUUGAAAUGUCGGUAUCUGGAGUGCUUACACUAAAAGAGUUGCUGUCCACGAACCAAGUAUCUCUUUAUGAACUCCAGAUUGUCGCCACAGACAGUGCUGGUCGCACCAGUGCAAAUAACGCUAGGGUUGUGAUAAACGUUAUACGAGUACUUACCAACACACCCAUCUUUGCCCAAAAUGAAUACUCAAUCAACAUCCCGGAAAAUACUUCUCCAGGAGUUGUGCAGACAGUUAACGCAGCUGGUAGCAAUGUGGAAUAUUAUCUCGUAUAUAACAGCGAUGUCCGUCCAUCUGAUUUUACCAUUGACAAUAGCACUGGGAGAAUCAGUUCUGCAAAACAAUUUGACCGAGAGAUUCGAAGCAGCUAUGCUUUUGAAGCCAUUGCGUAUAACAGUCUAGAAACAAUUAGAACAGACAAAACGCUGAUACAGGUGACAAUAGUGGACGUUAAUGACAACACUCCAGCCUUUUCAACACAAUCCAUACAAGCUUCAGUAUCCGAACUUGCUGAAGUUGGUUCUGUCAUUGCAGUGGCUAAAGCUACAGAUGAAGACGCGGGAACAAAUGGAGCAUUGACUUACUCGUUGAGUAAUACCUUCAGUGGUCUACUGUCAGUCGACAAUGACGGUAGAAUAACACUGGUUCGGUCGUUAGAUUUUGAGCAAACAGCUUCGUACUCGUUUGAUAUAAUUGCAACAGAUGCUGGAUCACCUGCUAGAAAUGCAAGAAUCCCAGUCACGGUAACUGUCAUCAAUGAAAAUGAUAAUAAACCUAUUUUCAACCGUGUGAACUAUGAACGUACAAUACCCGAAACUAGCCAAGCAAGCAAUAGCAUAGUUCAAGUCAGCGCAUCUGAUAGUGAUGCAUUUGGAGGUAUUACCUUCAGACUACUGGAUGAUUAUAAUGGCUUAUUUACCAUUGCUAGUCAAACUGGAAUUAUCGGUUCAACAGGGCCACUGGAUUAUGAAACAAGAAGGUCGUACCAUCUUUGCGUGGAAGCUUCUGACUCUGCUACACCAACUCUUACCACUACAAUAAAUGUGAAAAUAAACUUGCAAGAUGUCAAUGAUAACAAACCCGUGGUAACUCUGGCCACUACCAAUCCUAUAACCAUCUCAGAAAACUCACCAGUUGGUCAAAUUGUAUCGUUGAUUCAAACAGCAGAUGCCGAUAGUGGAACAAACGGCCAGGUAGUGUAUACGAUUGUUUCUGGAAAUAUCGGGAAUGUAUUCCAAGUCAGUUCAACUGGCAUUGUCACCCUCAGGUCAAGAUUGGAUUUUGAAAGUUUGCGGUCAUAUUUACUUUCCGUGACGGUACAAGAUCGCGGAACACCACAACAACAAAUUGAUCAACCUAUUACACUUGAAAUCGAAGUUGUAAACGAAAACGAUAACACUCCCGUGUUUAAUCCAUCUACCUAUACUGAAUCUAUAGUUGAAGGCACCGGCAUUAGAAGAAUCACUCAAGUGACAGCAACAGAUGGUGAUGUAGCAGCAACCAUACAAUACAGCCUACUUGAUGAAUCAAACACGUUUACAAUUACAACUGAUGGUGUCAUUAACACGAAGGACGUUACUUUGGACUACGAAACAAGGCAGCAGUAUGAAUUAAUUGUUAUGGCGUCGGAUGGUGCAAGGCGAGGAUUAGCACGCGUUGUUGUGAACGUUGUUAACGUGAAUGAAGCACCGACUAUCAACGCAGCCUACACAUUCGCUGUCUCUGAGAACACCGGUACUAACUUUUUAGUUGGCCGUGUCACAGGAAAAGAUAAUGAUAUCAAUACCCAACUCCGUUACAACAUCAUAAGCGGAAACACUGACAACAGGUUUACUGUAGAUAACAGUGGUAAUAUAAUAACAGCCACGUCGCUUGAUUAUGAAACGACACAAAUGUACACGUUAGGUGUUCGUGUAUCCGACGGUGCGUCACCUGCAUUGACUGCUGACACUAUUGUCACUAUAAACGUCAUUAAUCAAAAUGACAACAGCCCUGUGUUCAGUCAAGCACAGUACACACGAGAUGUUUUCGAAGACAAUAAUAUUAACUUUGUUGUGAGCGCAUCUGAUGCAGACAGCCCUGCUAGUCUUACAUACACCAUAGUCACAACUGAUGCUUUAGAGUGGUUUAGUUUAAAUUCUGCAACUGGAAGAUUAACAAACAAGAAAGACCUCGAUUACGAGCAAUGGAAACGCAUGACUUUCACAGUACAAGCAUCGGAUGGAGAGGGUAGGGCAGGUUUCACUGAAGUUGUUAUCACAGUGAACGAUCGAAACGAUAAUGCACCUGUGUUCGACCAGACCUCUUAUACACUGACGAUACCAAGUAAUACUGUCGCCAAUGCGUUUGUAACGCGUGUCGUAGCGACUGAUGCGGAUUCUGGAACCAAUGGGCAACUUACUUAUGUCAUAACAGGUGGAAAUACAAACAAUAAUUUCAAGAUUGAAUCAAACGGAAAUGUGCUCGCCAAUAAAAACCUUGAUGCUAGUAUCGCGAGCUACCAACUUGAGAUCACAGCUCGAGAUAGUGCUGUACCACCUAUGUCAUCUUCAAGUACGUUUAAAUUAAACAUCACCAUGUUAGAUGUUUCGUUCUUACUCCAGGGAGCAGUGACGUUCAACAAAGCUCUUUAUGAAGUUACAGUACCAGAAAACUUUGACAUCAAUUCUAACGUCGUGACAGUUACAGCUACAAUUGAAAGUGGUAAACUUGGCUCCGUACAAUACACCGUUAACCCUCAAAGUAGAUUCUCUAUUGAUGCUACGACAGGUCAAGUGAAGACAAAACAAAGCUUUGAUUUUGAGCAAAAUAGGGAACACGUGUUCUGUGUCACCGCAAGGAAUACUUUAAACAGUAACAUUUUAGCUGUAGCAGAGGUGAAAGUGACUGUUACAGACGUAAAUGAUAACGCACCAGUGUUUAUUAAAAAUGUUGUCGAAGCAAGCGUGGAUGAAGAUGCACCAUUAACAACUUUUGUUGCUUCUAUGGUGGCUACAGAUGCAGACACUGGCGCAAACAAAGCCAUCACAUAUGCCAUUGCAGCUGGAAAUACUAAUAACAACUUUAGAAUAGACAACUCUGGAGAUGUUAGGGUGAACACAGCUUUAAAUUACGAUACAGCUUCAAAUUAUACUUUAAGCAUUCAAGCAACAAGUGGUACUUUACCUGUAGCUAGCGCCACACUCAUUGUUACUGUAGUUAACAUCAAUCGAAACACUCCUGUGUUCCAAUUUUCUUCCUAUAAUAUGAGCAUCAGAGAAGGUGAUAUCAUCAAUCGGAUUGUUGGUACGGUGGUUGCAACAGAUGGUGACAGAGAUGCAGAAAUGAUGUUCGAGUUGGUUGGUACUGAUAUCAACAACAUUUUUUCGAUUAACAAUGUCGGCAUCAUACGAAAUAAAGUAGCACUUGAUUACGAAACUACGUCAAGCUAUCAAUUUUGUGUCAAAGUGUCUGAUCAACAAAGGCCUAACCCUAAAUUCGACGUUACAACAGUAACUGUCAACAUCGAGAAUAAACCAGAUGCCAUCCCUGUGUUUACAGUUACGCCGGAUGUGUCUUUGCCGUUUACAUGGCCUGCCGGCGUCGAGAUCGUUACUGUGCGAGCGGUUGAUCCUGACAGUUCGAUUAUCACGUAUUCUAUUGAUAACUCGUUGUUCAGCAUAGAUCCAAUAACAGGUGUUCUGACUUUAAGAGAACGACUAUUAAAUGGGACAACACAAGUAGUUACUGUAACCGCAAGGAGUGACAAUAAUUUAGCACGCAGUGCAACUACUGUCAUCAGGCUUGUGUUUACAGGAACAAGCUUCUCCAACGUUGCUGGUGAUCUACCUAUAGCUACAAAUGAAACGACCGCACAAACUCUUAGCGUUGAACUAAAUGUUAUGCAAUUCUUUGGUGGCAAUUUGUCGAAAAUUCAAUCGUUCGAUAUUUAUGCUCAAGCAUAUAUGCCGACAGCAAAUGGAUUUAAUCAAUCGUCAGUUGCACCGCCAGUAUCAUACAACCAAGCAAACCAAUUUAACAGCCCUGACGCCAUGAAAAGGUUUUUAGUAGCUCGUGUUCGAAAUCCGUUCUAUUCCACAUCAGCAAGAAAACGUAGAGCCGUCGUCACAGAUCAAGGUUUGAUCCGGAUGUUGGUUGGCAACCAAACAGGUUGUGACGUUGUGAUCAAUCCCAACAUUCCUUGCAAUGGCCCCUUGAAACCAAAUACAAAUUACAGAUUCCAAGUAAUUGGCUAUUCCAACACCAGAACACCCUUUUACUCACCGUUUUCCGCUGCCACAGGAACUAGUAACGUACCCUUACCGGCUGAUCUGAGUGGAAAAAGCAUUCGCGACCGAAACACAUUUAAUAUGUAUUAUAUCGUUGCAUUGGUUGUUCUGGGAUUUCUUCUUAUCAUGUCCAUUACUACUACAGCUACCAUUUUGUUUUACAAAAAGAGGGAUUAUUUGGACGGACCAAUGGCUAUGUCGCGGCGUGAGGUAGGAGAAAGAAGAAAAAAACAACCACACAUCGUGGUUGGAUCAGGUGUAGAAAAAGCUGUCGAAGCUGGUGUCGUACCAAACGCAAGACGUUAUACAAAUCCUAUGUAUGUUCCUGAAGAGCAAAGCAGUUACGUAAGCAGUGUUUCUCGUGAAAUUCCUGAUAAUAUAACAGCAGUCUCGUAUCAAAAUACAGGAAGUCCUGAAUUUCAACAAAGAGGAUUCCCUCCUCUGCAACCACAACAGCAACGACCGCCACCAAGACAUCACAGAUCACCCGUACAAAAUCCGCGCCACUUACCACGCGACAGUGUAGAUAACUCCACCACGGGUUACCAACAAAAUUUUGCUAUAAACCGACAGACAUCAGAAACUCAAGAAGUUCAACUAAGAAUGGACCAAUCAGAUGCACCGAUGUAUAUCCUGAAAAGACACGGUGAAGGAGGACUAGGUCCAUUUGAAGGAGCUGUACCAACCGGAUUACCAGGAAGUAUUCCAGCACCUCCACCACCGCCGCCGCCACCGGCAGGUGUGGCUGAACCCAUUUCUCGCGGAAUUCCUACAGCUAAUGGAACAGCAGGUUCAACCAAUCAACCUCGUCUAACAAGAACGAGCUCCGGACGAGUUAUACUACAACACAUCUUCAACGGUUAGAAAACAUAAAACAUAAAAAUAAAUUUUUUAAUCAAUUGACGUCAAUAAUUUUUUUUUAUUCAUCAAUAAAGCACACUGUAUUUUUUGGUAAUUUUUGUAUGUAAUUUUUGUAUGUAAUUUUUGUAUGUAAUUCUUUUCUGUUUUUAUUAUUUUUCUUGUUAUCUUAUUUGUACGUAAUCUAAUUUUGUAUGUAAACAAAACGCUAUCUUUUAAA